UAUCCUUUGCAAAACUUCAUUUUAAAUUGCCUUUUGUGUUUAUCGCUGUAAUUAUUCAUUAACCGAAGUAGUAAAGUGCAAGUGCCAGGUGCUGUGUCGUUGCCAAAAGGUCACAUCUCUAAAUGGCAAUCGGGUUUCUAUUGCCAUCUGAAUUCUGUAUGUUUUAGAAGUACAGAUUGUGUAAAAUCUUUGUGAAUUGGAUUAUUACGGCCGCGUAUGACAUCCAAAAUUUUUACCAAAAGAAAAUGACUGCAAACAGUGAUGUGCCGUGACGCAAAUUACUACGUGGUAGUGUACUCUUAGUGCUUUUGGUGCAGUUUAAGUGCUUUUUUUUGUGCCUUCUCGAGUGGUCCUGGCUAUACACUUGUACAUGCGCGUGUAGUGAGUCAAAAGUAGCAUCGCCGCGUGUGCAAUGAUUUUUACAUGGAUUUGGACACUUUGCUUUACUUGCAAAGAUAAUAUUUUGGAUUUUACCAAGGAGAAGCUGUUUUGGUAAACGAUGGCGCACUACCCACAGCCGGCUAGCCUGGAGGCGGCGCUGCCGUUGCUGGUCAAAACGGACCCUCGUCUCCGGCAGCAGCUCGGCGAGCGCCUGGCUGCGUUGGUGCGUAGGGAAGAGCUCACGCAUGAGGUCGUUGCGCCGCUGCUGGACGCGUUGGUCACGUGGCUCAAUGGAGGGAACUUCAAGGUGGCGCAGAGUGGGCUGGAAGUGAUAGGAGCGCUGGCGGAGCGCAUGGGGCCGGAGUUCAGCCACUACGUGUCCACUGUGCUGCCACACAUUAUUGACAGACUAGCGGACACGAAGGAGGGCGUGCGCGCGGCGGCCCGCGCGUGCAUCUCGUCGCUGGGCGACAGCCGCGCCGCCCCCCCGCGCCCGCUGCUGGCGCGCCUCACGCCCGCGCUGCAGCACAAGGCGCCGCACACGCGCGAGGAGGCGCUCAAGUGCAUCGCCGAGCUGCUGCACGCGCACGGUGCACAAGAACUGCAACUGCGAUCAGCUGUGCCGAGCCUUGCCGCACUGCUGGGUGACCCCAGUGCGGCGGUACGCGACGCGGCGCUCCAGCUACUGGUGGAUGUGUACCGGCAUGUCGGUGAAAGAUUCAGACAGGACCUGAAAAAGAAGGAAUUGAUACCGGCUUCCAAGUUGCUGCUCUUGGAACAGAAGUUUGACGAAGCGAAGGCAGCGGGUCUACUGCUGCCCUCUGCUCAGAGCGUGGACGAAGCAGACUGCGUGGCUCGCAGCGUGAAGAAGACCAUGACGAUACCAACCUCCGGCCGGACCAGGGAUGGCGAUAGCUCCGGCGCCUCCACACCAGCGUGCGAACCGCCGAAGCGUUCGGUGACUGGACUAUACAGCAUGCCCUCCGCUUCAAGGAAACCUCCACCACCGGCCAAAAUGACUGGCUCCACUAGCGUGUCGAGCGGCGCGGGUGGCGGGGCGGGCGAGGCGGGCGCGGUGUCGAGCGAGGCGUUCGAGGCGGCGUUCUCGGCCACGCCGCCCGCCGCCAUCUACGGCGCGCGCGGCCUGGACGACCUGUGCCGCCACGCCGCCGCGGUGCUGGGCGACCGCGCCGCCGACUGGGAGAAGCGCAUCGACGCGCUGAAAAAGAUCCGCUCUCUAUUGACAGCGAACGCACACGUUCAGUACCCCUCGGAGUUCGCUGCACACCUCAAAGACCUCUCAGUUCCGUUCCUGGUCGUCAUCAAGGACCUGAGGAGUCAGGUGGUGCGCGAAGCUUGCAUCACCAUCGCACAUAUGGCAAAAGUGCUGAAGAACAAGUUAGAGCAGUUCAGCCUCUACAUACUGCAGGAGUUGAUCAACCUCAUACAGAAUGCAGCUAAAGUGAUAUCGUCUGCGGGCACGGUGUGCGUGCGCUACAUCGUGACGCACGUGCACGCGCCGCGCCUCAUCCCCGUGCUGGCCACCAACCUCACCACGCACAAAAGCAAGGAGAUACGCGCCACUCUGUGCGAAGUACUGGUCUCAAUGUUGGACAGAUGGAGCACCCCAAGUAUAGAGAAACAACAAAAAGCUAUUCGGGACGCAAUUUGUCGGGCGUGCACCGACGCCGACAGCUCGGCAAGGAACUUCGGCAGAAAAGCGUACUUCGCGUACAAACGCCACUUCCCGUCGGACGCGGACCACUUGUUCUCGACCUUGGACGCUGCGGCGCAAAAGCAGAUCGAGAGGGAAAGACUUGGCUCCCUGGACAGUCUACACCACAUCGCCACAGAACGAAGAAACAUAACUAGUCCUAGAAGUCCAUCUGCCAGUGUGUCCGAGCGCUCGCCGGGCGGCGGCGCGGCGCGCUCGGUGUCGGCGCUGGACGCGGCGGCGGCGCAGCGGGCGCGCGCGCGGGCGCUGUACUCGCACCUGGCGCGCUCCAAGGUCGCCGCCGGCACCGCCAGCUUACCUCGCGCCAAGCGGUCCCCAGUCAGUGCGGCCGUGCCCCCGAGCCCCGAGAGAGUGGUGAGCCGCUCCCGCUCGCGUCCUGGCGUGUCACAGUCGCAGCCGACAUCUAGAUCUUCAUCACCUUCCUCUAGAAGCGGUCCAGUGUCGCUCACAAGCGCCCGCAGAAGACCUUCCGGUAUCCCAAGGUCUUUAGCUGGCUCAAGAGAAACCAGUCCCACCAGGAGCGGGCGCUCGAGCAGUGUGGCGGGCGCGGUGCGGCGGCGGGAGUCCAUGGAGCGGCCGCAGAGGGCGCCCGCCGCCACGUUGCGACUGUUGCAGCAGAGCCGGGACGCCGAGUCCGCACUGAGGAGCCCCGAAGACAGUUCGACGUGUGAAGGGCGCCGGGAUGACGACUCGGAAGCGUCCAGCGUGUGCUCCGAGCGCAGCCUCGAAUCCUACAGGCGACACGAUAGCGCCUCGUGGUCGGGCUCGCGGCUCGGCUGGGAGAGCUCGCCGCCGCCGCCGCCGCCGCCCGACGACAUCAUCGACCUGUGCGCCUGCACGCACUGGACCGAGCGGAAAGACGGCCUCACGUAUUUAGCCAACUACUUGAACAGCGGUCGUCUGCUGUCCGAGCCGCAACUGAGGCGGCUGACGGAGCUGCUCAACAAGAUGUUCGUGGACGCGCACACCAAGGUGUUCUCCCUGCUGCUCGACGCGGUGUGCGAACUGCUGCUGGUGCACUCCAACCAGCUCAGGGACUGGCUCUACACGCUUAUGUUCAGAUUGCUGAUGAAACUCGGCACGGAUAUCUUGGGCUCGGUGCAGAGCAAGAUCAUGAAAACGUUGAACGUCAUCCACGAGUGCUUCCCUGCGGAGUUGCAACUGCACAAUAUAUUCAGGUUUCUAGCUGACGGUGCAACGGCCCCAACCCCUAAGACCAAAGCGGCUGCGUUAAGGUUCUUGGCAGAUUUAGCGCACGAAUACUGCAUGCCUAACAGCUUGGCUGUUGCUUUACACGGAGGUGCAACUGACGUAGCGGGACGUGCUCUGGCAAAAGUAUCCUUGCUCGCGGGGGACCCCCGUGCGGGUGACGUGCGUCAGUGCGCACGGCGUGCGCUCGCGUGCCUUUACGACUGUAAUCCCGUUUCAUUCACGGCGCUGAUGUCGGAGCUGCCGCCCGACACGCAGGCGCUCGUCAACGGGGUGGUGCAGCAACACGUGCGGAGGACCUCCAGCACCGGCAGCGACAGCCCUCUGCGCACCGGCUCCACGCCGAACUCCGCCACCGCAGAGGACGUGUACUCCCGCAUCAGGAAGACCACCAGCGAGAUACACACCUACACCGCGCAACAUUCCACCGCAGAGUGCGGCAACCACAUGUCCAGCAAGGACUCUGGCAUCAGUCAGAUGUCGGACGCCACGCUCUCGAAGGGACAGAACGGCGUCCCCGUGCCCAACGGACACUACAACGCCGAGAUGAUAGCCCGCGCCGCCUCAGCAGACAGUUCCGAGGAGGCGAGCAGUACCAAAGAGUCAUCACCCAUACCGCACAACCGGCUGGACUUGCAGCACGGCGACUUCAACUCGUGCGCGCGCGACAAGAUGAAGCCGUACGAAACUGACGAGAAUGGAUUGAUCAUAACCAAGUCCGGGCUGCGCGAGACGGAGGUGCUGGAGGCGCUGAGCAAGCUGGACGUGGGCGCCGCCGCGCCCGAGCACUGCGAGCGCCUGCUGCUCGCCACGCACGAGAUCCUCAAGUACGGCGACUGCCGCAAGCCGCAGGAGUACUUCAAAAAUAUAGUGAGAGUGGCACUAGCCACUUUGUCUAUUGAUGAGAACGCUGCUGACAAAGAAAACGCCGACAAUGCGACCAACGCACAGCAACCGUCGGGUUGGGGCACGGCGAACGAGCGGGCCGCGGCCGAAGCCGUCAAGGUGCUAAUCUGGCUAUGCCGAAGACCGGAAACCCGGGCACAGUGGCUGGAAUACUUUGAUCUCAUUCUGCUGAAACUUAUCAACGCGUACGGAGCUCUCAGUAAAGAGGUCAUGAGGGCAGUGGACGUCGGCAUGCCUCACAUAGCGGCUGCCUUGCCCGCUCUACAGGUGCUAGCGUUGCUGAAGCCGGUGAUCCGCACGCGCGGCUACCCCACGUCACUGUGCGCCGUGAAGCUCGCCACCGAGGUGGCCAAGGCGCGCCCGCACGAGCUGACCGACGACAUCGUCGCACAACUCAUGGAGGGGGUCGGCCACUUGGCCGACCACCAGAACUCGGCGGUGCGGAAGGCGGCGGUGUUCUGCAUGGUCGCCUUCACGUUCGCGCUGGGCGAGGAACGCAUGCAGCCGCACCUCAAGCACCUGUCCGUCAGCAAGUGCCGCCUGCUGCAGGUGUACAUCAGCAAGCAGCGCGAGGAGGCCGCCAAGGGCGGGCCGGGCUCGUAGCGGCGAGCGCGCCGCGCCACGCGCAGCACGCAGACGGACUGAGCGCGCGUACCGCCCCGCCAAGCACCGCCCGCUAGCCGGCCUCGUCGGCCUG